GUAUGCAGUAGUGUCCGUUAUCGUCCUCAUCGAGUCAUCGUCGUACUUCCGCUGACUGCAAAUUAGGGUUUUAGAAACAGAGCCUUUCAAUUCGCUUGCAGACUGCGAUUCGUGUAACAUGGUGAAGAAGCGUGCCAUUUCAGCGGAUGAGCGUGGUGAUGUCGAAACGGAGAAUCGAACCGGCGGGUCGUAUUUGAAGAAGAAGAAGAUGAUGAAGAAAAAUUUGCAGAGGUUAGGAGGGAAAGGCCUCUCCUUAGAAGCAUUUGCAAAUGCCAAAACUCGGAGCAACGAUUACAACCCUUCCCUCAUCAAGAAGCAAAAGGAGUUCUAUAAGAAUGCUAAAUUUGUGAAGAAAUAUAAGAGGAUGGUAAAGCAACAAGGGGAGCAUGGUGAUUCUUCUGUUGCUAAAAGAGCUCCAGAGAAACAAACUGAACCCGGAGAAGCUGAUAAUGCAGAUAGAAAAGGGAAAAGUAAAAGGAAUAAACCCCAUAAUCUGAAUGAACUGUACAUGAAAAGGCGUGAAGAGGAAGAGAAGGCAAGGAUGGAAAGGGAGGCCAUUAUUGAGGCAAAGAAGGAAGAAAGACAGAGGGCUGAAGUGCGGCGGAAAGAAUUAAGACAGAAAAUGUUUAAGAAAACGAAGUCGGGUCAACCUGUGAUGAAGUACAGAAUCGAGCAUCUUUUGCAAACACUUCAAGGUUCAAAUAGCUAGGGUCCUUGUCUUUAUGUUUAUUCUAUUUUUGUACUACUUAUGGGAUACUUGAAGAAAGUUGCUGUUGAUUGGCUUGCUUGCAAUCUCUCUAAAUGUUGUUGUGAUCACAGUACCAGUGUACCACAGAUAGUGAGUGUUGCCAUAAAAAAACUAUCCACCCCUGUACUGGUGAGCUAUUAUUUAUUAUUUUUUUUUGGAAAAAGGUGAGCUAUUAAGAUUUGUCUUUA